AUAAACUUUAUAGAAAAGUAAACAAGUUGCACGGUCAUGAUGCUUUGAAAGCCUUCGGAGAAGAUAACAAAAUUGUUGGAUCUGGUCCUGCGAUGUUUGGAUUUUCUCAUCAUAAAAUAAAGGAACUUAUACGGCUUUCUUCAACUUGCGGAAGUCCCUUGGAUUCCUCUAAGUUGACUUCCAGAAGGUGUCGAGACCCUGCAAUUUGUUACAGACGUAUUCAUAUUACAUGGAAAGACCUUGACAAAUGCAAUGUCUGCUAUACUGAUGAGGAGUAUGACAUUAGUCCUUUUCUGCAGUGCGAUAAUUGCAGGAUGAUGGUUCAUACUAGUUGCUAUGGGGAGCUGGAACCUGCUGAUGGGACACUUUGGUAUUGCAACCUUUGUCGUGUCGGGGCUCCUGAGUCUCCUCCACCCUGCUGCCUUUGUCCACUUGCAGGAGGAGCUAUGAAGCCUACAACAGAUGGGCGCUGGGCUCAUCUUGCAUGUGCCAUUAGCAUACCAGAAACAUGCUUACUAGAUGUCAGGAAAAUGGAACCCAUUGAUGGUUUGAACAGAAUCAACAAGAUUUGCUGGAAGCUAUUAUGUAGCAUUUGUGGGGUUUCUCAUGGAGCUUGUAUUCAGUGUUCGAACAGCAGCUGUUAUGUAGCAUAUCAUCCCCUUUGUGCACGGGCUGCUGGAUAUUUCCUUGAGUUCUAUGAAGAAGACGGAUUACGUCUCUGUUCUGAGAAGGAGGAUGGGAAAGACCAGUGCAUUCGCUUGCGAUCCUAUUGCAAGAGGCAUAGGCGACCAUCUGAUAAGUGUAUUGUGGUUCAAGAGAGCAUGGAAACCUGUCAACGACCGGACUAUAUUCCUUCACCCAAUCCAUCUGGCUGUGCUAGAACUGAGCCUUAUAACUAUCUGGGCCGAAUAGGCAGAAAACAACCUCAAUCCCAUGAGCCUGCAUCUUUGAAGCACUUAUAUUUGGAGAACGUGCCAUACUUAGUUGGCGGUAUCCGCCAGCAUGAAUUUUUAAGUAAAGUGGUUUCUUCUCAGUGUAAUAUUUCCAGUAAUAUUUCUUCCAUGGUUGAGAAAUAUAGCCACAUGAAGGAAACUUUCAGAAGGAGAUUGACAUUUGGAAAAUCUGGAAUACAUGGAUAUGGAAUAUUUGCUAAGCAGCCGCACCGAGCUGGAGACAUGGUAAUCGAGUAUACUGGUGAAGUUGUUAGAGUUAAUAUAGCUGACAGAAGAGAGCACUUAACAUAUGAUUCGCUUGUGGGUGCUGGCACUUGCAUGUUCAAGAUUGAUGAUGAUCGUGUUAUUGAUGCCACAAAGGCAGGAAAUAUAGCACGUUUGAUCAAUCACUCAUGUGAACCAAACUGUUACUCCAGAAUCAUUACCGUUAAUGGUGAUCAGCACGUAAUCAUAUAUGCCAAAAGAGAUUUAAAUCAAUGGGAGGAGCUCACAAUUAAUUACAGAUUAUCGUCAGUUGAUGAACAACUUGCUUGUUCUUGUGGUGUCUCAAGAUGCCGAGGCAUUGUUAAUGAUAUUAAGGCAGUGGAACAAGUUGCUAAACCAUGUAUACCACAGUAAUUUGACAGCAGAGAAUGAGAACAAGUGUAAAUAGACUUCGUGAUUACAGCAGAUUGAUCUCAGAAGAAGUCCACACCUGUCGUUUCUAGCUAACUUCAUGUACAUCAGAUUGUCAGUUGAGUAGCAAGCAGUUGCUAUAAAACAAGCUUCUGUAAGAGCAAGUCUGGAGCAUAGCUAUGCUUGAGUAGUAUGUACUUGGGUUUCGUAGAUAACAUAUUCAAUCAAAUUUGUAGAACACCGCUCCAGUGCGUAGCUAUACUGAAAUGCAUUAAUGGACAGUUGAUUCCCACGUAUCUCGCAGAAAUUGCAGCGGAACACAUAACCGGAAAGGCAAGAGCAAAUCUGGAGAGUGAUUCUGGAAAUUUUGUUAUGGGAAUAGUUUUAACCAAUUUUUAGGCGGGAAAUUCUGUUUUUCUGUUAUGAAAUCAGUGUAUAGAUAUAGACAGAAUUGUUGUGAAAGGUUAUGAAAUGAAUAAACUUAAUUUCAUCUCUCAUCUCUC